AUGGCUUCUACGUCAAAAGCGCUGUUAUGUGAAGCUAUUUUGGCAGAUUAUUUUGGAUAUUAUGUUAGUGAAGUUGGCAGGAGUUUGUUGAAAUGUGAUCAAACCUUUAGAUCCAUUCACAAAAGUGUCAGAGAGAAUUGUAGAAGUCUGGAUGUAAGUAAAACCUCAGAAUGUUAUUUUAUAACAUACCUUUAUACUUGUUAUACUUCUUUCUGGUGAACUGUUUGAUGAAUUUUUUGUUUAAGGUAAAGAAAGCAUUGGUUAUCCUGGAAAACUACGACUUGCUCACCUUUACGUUAACACCAAGAGGAGUUAUUUAUAAGAUUCUGCCCGACAACAUAAUUAGAUUCUGUAGGAUUUUUCGUGCUAUCACAGCUGUGAAACAACGUUAUGGAGUAGAAGGAGAAGCCGUGGCUGAAGAAGUGUUUAGCAAGGGGAAGAUAACCUUUCAAGAUUGCAGCAACUUGCUGAUAGCUCGGUUAAAUUUUGACCCACAAGUUGUAAGUGUUAUAUCUUUGUUGUUUUUUGAACUUUAGGUAUCCAAAAUGUUUUAAAAAAGACCACGCAGAAAUGCAUCUAUAUUAUUAUAAGUUCAUAGGUCUUAUUUUAGAUUAAGAAGAAGUUUGAACUCCUUGUCCAAGGUCAGAUCCUUCGAAAAGUGGAUGAUGUUGUCUCUGUUGACUCUGGAGUGCCAAUCUUUAGUCAAAACAAAGAACCUUUCUAUUUUGACGCUUCCAACGUCUCCAGGAUUAAGAAAUCGGAAUCUGGAGCAACGAAACGAUUGGCAGAACCAGAAAAGGGCGAAGAUAUAUGGCAGUUCAACUGGAAACGAGUUGAUUAUAUUCUUAGAGACGAGCUGGUGUUAGAGUGCAUAAAGAAGUCUGAGGAGUUUGAUGAAGAGAACAUUGUCCUCUGGAAUGCCUUGCUACAAGUGGCAGGUCAAGGGACCACGUUGGAGACCAUGCAAUCGGAUCCAAUCGCCGUUCAAUCAGUUUGUCAGUUCCUGAAGGAGGAGACAGGAGAAGUUUUCAGUUGGGAAGCGGUAGAUAAGAAGCUGGCGAACGUCGCCAAGUUCAUGGAUGCUCCAGUUCGGAGGAUGGGGGAUUCUGGAGGAGGACUUUAUGUUGUUGGUAAGCCUGUUUUGGAAAUAAUGAUUGCAAGACAACAUUCUUUUGCUUUUAAAAGAAAACUGGUUAUGAUCAUGUUUUAGAGUACAACGCAGCGUUCCAGAGCAUGUGCUUUGCCCACGUCGAGAGUUUGAUAUUGGAGUUGAUAGAUGAAAGAGCUGUUAGGAUCUUUAGAAUUGUCAGAAAACAUCGGAACAUUGAAGAAGACGAACUCUCGAGAGCUGCAAUGUUGGCAGUAAAAGAAGCUAAGGAAAUUGCUUAUGCUUUGAUUGAAAACGGUAUUAUUUACAGCAGGGUAAGCGGUAUUCUCACCCGACCAACUUUAAAUACGGUACAUUUUUCUUGUUCCUAAACAGAAUUGAUGAUGUUUUGUGUGACUUUUCUAUAUUUAUUUUAAAUUUUGAUAUAUUUUAAUAUUUUCUUUUCAGCCGAUUGCAAAGACAAAUGACUUUGCUCCAGCUAGAACGUAUUACUUUUACUCUCAUAAAAUGCCAGAACUAGUGGAUACGAUGAUGAUCAGGUCGUUAGAUGUAAGUUUCUGUAUAAAUAAUGUUAUGUUUAAAUAGUUAUACAUUUUUAUACUUUUGCACAGCAUAAAAUUCUUACUUUAAUAUAUUUUAGUCGAUACGAAACCUCUGUUAUCGCAGAGUUGCGGAAGUCAAACGAAAUGAAGUUCUACUGGCAACCAAAGAGAAGGUCGAUACCAUCAUAGACAGUAUCCAGAGCGACGCCACCUUAUCAGAGGAAGAUAGGAACGGUCAAGUAAGUCUUGAGCAACCAUGUUUUUUGAAUAAUAAGAAAGAUAAUUAUAAUAAAGAUGAAUAUUAUCCAAGAUAACACGCUGAUAAAUAUAUAUUUAUUGGUCUAUCCGUCUAUUCCUAAUCAGGCCUAAAUAAUUAAUGGUUCCAGGAGCAAGAUGUGCGGAAGAUGUACAUGACCGUGGAAGACAAACGUAACCUGAAACGGCACCAGGAAAGCCAGAAGCGCCUUCAUUCCACCGAGAUCAAGCUGGAAGAAGCUCUGUUCGUGUUCCAACUCUGCGACAACUUCCAGAAACUACAGUCUCGCAUCCUGGCCGCCAAAUUGGCCAGCAAAAAGCGACGUCGCAACGCCGACAUGAGUGCGUAG